AUGGAUGCUAAGAAUAAGAAUACUCUUGAUCCAAAAUUUAUUUGUUCUAUUUGUUCAUUCAUUUUAUGUGAUCCAGUUCAAUUUAAUACAUGUGGACAUCGAUUAUGUCAAACUUGCUUCGCUACUCUUAAUCAAGCUCUAAUUAAAUGUCCUCAAUGUCACACAGAAACACCACGAGAUCAAAUAAUGUUUGAUCGAGGUUUCAAAAAUGAUAUGCAAUCUUUACCUAUCAUAUGUUCACAUUGUAAUUGGACCGAUAUCUUAAAAAAUUAUCAAGAACAUCUUGAUCAAUGUCAUCGAAAUCCAAAAUGUAAUUAUUGUGAUGAACAAUUCAUUUCAGUUAAUCAACUUAAUCAACAUAAAACAUUUCAAUGUCGAAAAAUUACUGUUGAAUGUUUAUUAAAACAUUUUGGUUGCUAUCAACAGAUACUUCGUUGUGAAUUAACAAAUCAUUAUCAAAGUAAACAACAUCAAGAUUCAAUAGUAAAUGUUAUUCAACAAAUGAAAUUACAGUUAAGAGAUGCUCAAAUAACAUCUAGUCAAAAGGAUACUGAUAGUCCUAGAACAACUACAAUGAUAGACGAUGAUUUUGCUGUAAAUCAAUUGGAAGAGCUUCAUGAAACUAUUAGUAUCUUAGCAAAUGGUUUUGAAACAUUGAAUGGAGAUGUAGAACGUCUAAAUACUGAAUCAGUUGAACAUGAAAAUAAUUUACAGCGUUUAACAGAAAAUGCUUCAACAGUGAAACUAGCUAUUGAAGAAGAACAUGUUUUUUCCGAAGCAACUACACGAAAUCUGGAAAUUCUGAAUCAAGAUUUAAUGUCAUUCCAAGAGAAGAUUGAUGAUAUUCAAUAUGUAUCUUAUGAUGGGAUAUUUGUAUGGAAAAUUACAAAAAUUCAAGAGAAAUUCGCUGAUGCACAAUCAGAACGACAAACAUCAAUUUAUUCACCUCCAUUCUAUUCGUCACCGACUGGCUACAAAAUGCGAGCCCGACUUUAUCUGAAUGGUGACGGCAAUGCUCGACGUACACAUAUGUCAUUGUUUUUUGUUUUAAUGCGUGGACGAAAUGAUGCAAUGUUAAAAUUUCCCUUCAAUUAUAAAGUUACAUUUUGUUUGUAUGAUCAAACUCCUCGACAACAACAUAUUAUCGAUUCUUUUCGACCAGAUACUCGAUCGAAUAGUUUUCAAAGACCACGAUCAGAAAUGAAUAUUGCUAGUGGUAUACCUAAAUUCUUUCCAUUGGCAAUGAUUCAACAAGAAGGUAAUCCAUAUGUUCGAGAUGAUACAAUGUUUAUUAAAGUAAUGAUUGAUUUUGGUGACAUACCGAAACCGUUGUUACCAUAUGCAUUGAGUCUCAAUCCUGGAUUACCAACAAAUGUUCAACAAUUAAUGAUCAAGCAAGAAAUAAAAAGAAGAGCUCAAUCGUGA